AUGACUCCAUCAAUCACUCUCCACACACUACUAUUCGUCUUCCUCUCCUACCUCGGUUUGGGUAUCUUCCACAUCCAAGCUCAAGCUCUCGUACCAGUACCGGCAGGAUGUGUAUCGGGUGUAUACUUCCAUGAUCACAUUCUCAAAGGAGGUGGUUCUCUGACUAGACAACCCGAUAGAGCGAAUUGCAAAGAACAAUGCCAUGUAACUGGAUUCAAAUAUGCUUAUUUCCGUAAGGAAAGUAGGAAAUGUUUCUGUACGAGUAGUGAUAGGAAGGCACCCCCUUCGAAUCAGCAGGUUGAGGGAAUUGAUAGUGAAGGUAGAUGUAAGGAUAGACAUGCUUCGAUCGAUUAUAUGGCCUCUGCAUAUCAUUUCGACAGAUGUUACGAUACCGUCCCCGGCGCCACAUCCCGAAAGAAAGAAGUUAACAAUAUCGAACAAUGUUUGGAUUACUGUCAAGAAGUCACGAAUUGUGGUCCUAAAGAUGCUUAUAGGUACUACAAGUAG